AAAAGGCUGAGUGCCCUCCUCCUGGGUAAGUGCACGUACAGUAACCAUGCUCUCAACACACUUCCCCUCGUAUCUGUUUACUACAUGGACGACCAAAUGGAGAGUCAGAGGAGACGAGGAACUAGCAAAGAAGACUUAAUAUCUGAACGCACAGGGUCUUUGGGAUGCUGUGGCUGGGUCAUUGUUAUACUCUCUGGCUUGUUCACAAUUUGCCUUUUCCCCUUCACAAUUUGGUUUUGUCUGAAGAUUAUCCAAGAGUAUGAGCGUGCUGUUAUCUUCAGGCUGGGCCGCAUCACAGACAGGAAAGCAAAAGGACCAGGUAUUUUCUUCAUUUUGCCAUGCACUGACUCCUUUGUGAAAGUGGACCUCAGAACAGUUUCAUUCAACAUCCCACCACAAGAGAUCCUGACAAAGGACUCAGUCACAGUCUCUGUAGAUGGAGUGGUGUACUUCCGGGUCAAUGAUCCCAUCGCUUCUGUAGCCAGUGUUUCUAACGCUGACUUUGCCACACGCUUGCUGGCACAAACUACACUCAGAAAUGUCCUGGGGACCAAGAACCUGGCUGAGGUCCUGUCAGACCGCGAGGGCAUCGCACACAGCAUGCAGGCUAACCUGGAUGAAGCCACAGACAACUGGGGCAUCAAAGUGGAGCGUGUGGAAAUAAAAGAUGUGAAGCUGCCAGUUCAGCUGCAGCGAGCCAUGGCUGCCGAAGCUGAGGCUGCACGGGAAGCCAGAGCCAAGGUGAUUGCAGCAGAAGGUGAGAUGAAUGCCUCUCGUGCCCUGAAGGAGGCGUCUCUGGUGAUAGCGGAGUCUCCCUCAGCCCUGCAGCUUCGCUACCUGCAGACUCUAAGCACUAUUGCAGGCGAGAAGAACUCCACCAUCAUUUUCCCCCUGCCCAUGGAUGUCAUGUCUCACUUUAUGCGAAAGUGAGCUGCUGGCUUUUACAAUUAUCAGCAUCUCUGCUUAUACGUGAUGGAAAAAUAUUUCAUUGUAGAACAAACCGUGAGAAUGCAACAUUUGUUCAGCGCUGUGAGGAAAACUAUCUAAAUCUAAUCUAAUCUAAUCUAAUCUAAAUAUUAACAUAUCAUUCUUAGUUAUGCAUUAAAAACAUGCUAAUCUCCAAUAUAUUGUAUACUAUAUACUACAAUAUGGAUUGAAAUGAAUAAACAGACAGUUUUUCUGCCACUUUUCCAAAAUAUGUACCAUAUAGAUGUUGUCAAAAUAUCAAUUAAUAAAGUAUUUUUUCAUGCUCUA